AAUACCCUUAUGUGUGCGUGUGUGGUAGCGGCGACUGCAAAUGUGUUUGGGAUUUUCUGAGGAGCAUAAGUAAAGUGUGCAUGGUGCGCCAACAACAGGAGUCAUGCUUGUCAAUCAAGGAAGAGAAGAAGUCAACUGCUGUGCGACAACAGGGUGGAGACUGCAAAUGCUUACAGAAAAAAUGUGUCUGUGAGUUCGAAACUCUACCGAAAGACAGCAAGAUUUGCUUUUACGCAACCAACGUCGUGGAAUGCAUCCCGGCCCCAAAGGCAACCCAAGACGUUGAAUUGGGAAGAGUGGGCGUUGCUGAGAACAGCCUGCAGCAGCAACCAUCAGUGAAAAAGUGUGAUGGAAUCGGGGGGGAGCCUGCCAGACCAGGGUCGUACCGGUACGUGGUAUCCUUGGAGUUGAUUGAGAAAAACAACAAAAAAUUCGUCUGCAGUGGUUCGCUCAUCGCGUCUCAGUUGAUAAUGACUGCAGCUCACUGUGUGAGGGAAUCGCACGGUGACUACUGGGCAAUCGCCGGUGUCCUGAACCGAAACAUCCAGGAACCAACGCAGCAGAAACGACGAGUGGUCGAGCAAAUUCCACAUAAAAAUUAUUUUGUAAGAAACAAUAUUCCUCGCAACGACGUGGCAGUGUUCAUUGUGUACUCUCCUUUUAUUAUGAAUUACUACAUUCAGCCAAUAAACAUGGAGAUCACGCCUACAGGUAACCUCUUUGUCUUCGUCACUGGGUGGGGGACACUUAAAGAACAUACUCCACCUGGAGACGUUUUGCGUUUUGCAGCGACAAAAAUCAUGCCUCGUGAUGAAUGUCUGAAACAUAUACCCGAACUCCACGCCCGCUCUAUGUGUGCCACUCCAACAGAUGCAGAAAGUCAUGGCUGUUUGGGUGAUCACGGCAGCGGUGCUAUGAUUGGCGAUUCCGUAACAGGAGUAGUCUCUUGGCUUCAUGUGACUGACACAAGUGAUGUGUUAGUGUUGAUGAAUGUAACCAGCUAUAAGGGCUUCUUUUCAUCAUACGUUACCUGACUUUUAUUGUAUACCAUUAGUCAUAGCUUUUAUUAAAGAAUUAUUGCUUCCUA